GAGCGCUUACAGGCUAUUUCACAUCUGACUGCAGCUGCACAGGACUCGCAAUCAGCCCACUGGAGAAGUGCUGAGCAAUGGUUCGCCGUGUGGCAGUGGUUGGAGCAGGCAGUUCAGGUCUGGUCUGCAUUAAGACCUGCAUCGAUGAGGGCUUGGAGCCCGUCUGCUUUGAAAGUAGUGAUGAUAUUGGUGGCCUGUGGAAAUUCAAAGAGGUACCUGAGCCAGAGCGAUCCAGCAUCUACCGCUCCUUGGUGGUCAAUACCUCCAAAGAGAUGAUGUGUUUCAGUGAUUUUCCCAUGCCUGCUCACUAUCCAAACUUCAUGCACAACUCUCAGCUGCUGCAAUACUUCAGGCUCUAUGCUGAGCAUUUUGACCUGCUCAGACACAUCAACUUUCAGACUACAGUGAAAAGUGUUGCACAAAGGCCAGAUUUCUCUGUGUCUGGUCAGUGGGACGUAGUAACCAUAAACAGGAAUGGAGAAGAAGAGAAAUACAUAUUUGAUGCAGUUUUGGUGUGUUCAGGUCACUACACCCUUCCAGCCUUACCCCUGUCUGAAUUUGAAGGACAUGAGACUUUUUCUGGCCGGUGUAUUCACAGCUGGGAAUAUAAAGAUGCAGAUGACUGCAGAGGAAAGAGGGUGGUGGUGGUCGGCAUUGGCAAUUCUGGAGGAGAUAUUGCUGUAGAGAUCAGUAGAUCUGCAGAGAAGACAUUUCUCAGCACACGUCAGGGGGCCUGGGUGAUUAGCAGGAUGUCCAACAAUGGCCUCCCUUUGGACAUGACAUUUAUCACUAGGUUCAACAACAUCCUCCCUAAGCUUCUCCCCAAGAGCUUGAUGAACUGGACAGGAGAGAGAACACUGAACCACAGAUAUGACCACAUUCUGUACGGCCUGAAACCUAGUCACAGAAUACUGGAAAAAAAGCCUUUGAUCAAUGACGAUCUUCCUGGCCGAAUCCUUCAUGGGGCUUUAGCCAUGAAGCCCAAUCUAAAAGGAUUCAAGAAAUCGGGAGUUGUAUUUGAGGAUGGCACCGUGGAGGAGAACAUUGAUGCUGUGGUCUUUUGUACAGGUUAUAAAGGAACAUUCCCAUUCCUCCCCUCAGUUCUGUCUGAAGGACCUUAUGGAGAGUUGACACUGUACAAAAGAGCAUUUCCUCCGUCCCUGCAACAACCCACACUGGCCAUCAUGGGUCUUUUCCAAGCAAAAGGGCCGAUCAUGCCUUUAGUGGAAAUGCAAGCACGCUGGGCUGUUAAGGUCUUUUCAGGUUUGAGCCGUCUUCCAUCUGGGGAGAAAAUGCUGGAAGUCAUUGAGUCUGACAGAAGAAGAAACAUGCAAAGCUAUCCCAGGCCGCAACAGGCUGUUCUACAGGUAGAUUAUAUCCCAUAUCUGGACUUCAUGGCCGAGGAGGUAGGUGUCCGACCAAACCUCCUGAGUCUAUUUCUGAGAGAUCCUGUGCUCUGGAUGAAGGUCUUCUUUGGUCCUUGCACUCCUUAUCAAUAUCGUCUCUCUGGGCCUGGACACUGGGACGGAGCCCGACAGGCCAUCCUCACUCAGUGGGAGAGGGUUGCUCAACCUUUCAGAACCAGAAAGGUACCAGAACCAAAGACCAGGAGGUCUGUGCUGUGUUCUCCAUGGCUGCUCACGUUUGGAGGAACUCUGAUAAUGGCUGUGAUUUUGUCAAAAAAUGAGAUGAUCCCAACGCUGCAAGGUGCAGCUCAGAUUCUGGAGAGCAGUAAAGUUUUCCUGAAGGACUUGUGGUUCACUGGGUGACCGCAAAAUCAGGAUGUAUAAUGUAUGAAUGGACAGUUAUCAAACAACCACAUUUUAUAAGUGACAAUAAUUUACAAUGCACUGAAACACAGUACACAGGUCCAGGAUUCAUGCACAGUCUUUCUGUGUUUUCUCUUUGUGAUGGCGUACAUAGACAGCCACAGCCUCCCACUUCUGAUGUAGCGGACAAGUGCUGUAAUGUAAAAAUAAAAUUCUGAAAGUAGUUUA